GGAAGAGAGAUUUUCAUUACAAAUUUCAUUGGAUUUGCUCUUUUAGGAGUGACAUUAUCCCUUAUCACACGUGCUGAUUAACCCUUAAACUCUUUUCAAGGAUCUUCUAAUGGCUAUUAAAGCUUCCAAAAAGAGUAUGGGUUUUGUCUCUUCUUCCUGUUCGCUACAGAUUCAUUCUCGUCAUCUCCAACAACCUUAGAAUUCUUGUGGAUAGACGACAUGGUUCAGAACCUAGAGGCUAUCAAGGGCAGCGGUCGAUCCAUCAAGGUGGGAACCACAGGAACAAUCAGUGCACUCAUGACAAGGGAACUGGAAUCCAUUAAAUCUGCAUCACAGGCAUCACUAUCUCAUCAAGAUAAGCCUAAGACUGAUCCUGUCUCAGUUCCUUGUAGUGUGACUACUCCUAGAGGACUACGAGCAAAGAAAUCAUUAGGCGAAGCGAGUACUAGUGCUAGUAGCAGCAGUAAUAAACAUGGAAGCCCUGAAACAGCUCAGAAGAUGAAAAGCUACAACAGAAGUGCCCAUCGAAUGCCGAUGCUCCGUUCUGAGAAUUUAACAUUGGAGAGAAAUAUCAGUAGGGACAAAACCAGAAAGAAAGGAACUAACAUUGUGGAAGUUGUGGACAUAAAGUGUGGUCAGCCAGAUAAGACAUGGACAAGCCCUAUAACCAGCAAACUCAAGAAGCUUGGUUUCUCAAAGCUAUCAGAGACCAUUGUCUAAACUUGCAAGUUCUUGGCAUCAGAUUUCAGAUUCCUGUAACUGAAGUCUGAAAUCCCAGUUGGCCGGUGGUUGUUUGAAACUUCCACCAUAGAACAUAUGCUUGGUAGAAGCCUGCUGCUGCUGCUGCUGCUUCUUCCUUUCUUUUUCUUUUUUGGGGUUGUUACCACAGAUCCAAGAGUGGGUUUGGAUUGACCCCUACUAGUUGAGGCUGUUCCAGUGGUAUGGGAGUUGGGCUUCUGAGAGCUUUCUGGACAGCGUAAUUGUAGUUGGCUGAAAUGCCUGAGUUCUUGCAUUAUGAGAGACCCAAUGGUUCCUUGAGUGCCUAUAUCUACAGGAGUCUGUGCUUCCAUGUCUUCAGGGACUUGUGUGGUUAUGGUGCUAGAUUUAUACUUAUGCUUGUCUUGUCUGGGGCAUGUAGUGAUUGGCUCUAUCUAUUUCAGUGUUUUUACAUGGAUUCAUUACCUCAUGUUCUUUAUCUGAAGUGAAGAGUAUUAGAUUCUUCCCUAUUUAAAAAGAUUAGAUAUUGACAUUUUCUUUUC